GUUCACUGUCGCCUUGACGCUCGUUGGGUUCUUAGUCGCCGGCCAUGGAGCGGCCGCCUUUGGCCCGGCGCCCCCCGGCCGCCUUCCUCCGGCGGCCGCCGCAGCCGACACACGCAGCACACGAGCGGCUGGACUUGUGGCACCUGGAGCUGCAGAAGUCGAUGCAGGCGGUGGCUGACGCCUUUGUGGACUUGUCGGUGAGCACCGACUCCGUGGAGAGGCUCUGGCAGUCCGCGCUGCAGAUGCGCUGCGAGUUCCUGCAGCACCAGCCCGAGGCGGUGAGUUCUGUGGCCGUGGCGGAGGUGAAGGAGAACUGGAUCGGGAAGCUCAGCCAGCUCUACUCCAAGCAGGUGAGGCGGCCCUUGGAGAAGAACGAGAUCGUCUACACCGUGGAGGACAAGGCGGCGGACGGCGCGAGUAUCUUCACCGCCACGGUGAGCGCCAUAGACUUCCGCGGUGGACCCUACAAGGGCGAGCCCAGCCGCUCCAAGAAGCUGGCGGAGCACUCGGCCGCCAGCGUGGCUCUCGACAUGGAGUUCGGGGGGGACGCAGUUGCCAUGACCUUUGCGAAGGUGAAGCAGGAGCCCGAGACAUUUCCGGAGCGAGGGGUGAAGAGGAACGCGGAGGAGGCGGUAGUGAGCCCCAAGCAGAAGCUCAACGAGCAGUUGCGAUUGCUGGUGGACAGGGAGAUCUCCAAGGAUUGCAUCGCGUAUCAUACCGACCAGGUGGAGGGCGUAUACCAGUCCUCGGUUUGCGUGGUGUGCUACGACAAUCAGACCUUCGCGGGGCAACCAGCUGCAAGCAAGAAGGAGGCGGAGCAGUCAGCUGCAGAGGCGGCUUUGGUGGCGCUGGAGGAUGUGCUGAGGCCAGCGGUGGAGGCCCAGCAGGAGAAGAAGCGCCGGAAGCUCGAGGAGAAGAGAAGAAGGGAUAAGGAACGCAAAGGAGGCAAUGGUGAAGCUGUCGACUAUGACUAAAUGGGCGCAGGAGGAUGAGGUGGCGGAUCAUUCGAUCAGGGGAGUUGUGAGGUGCGACGGCAGGCGCUUCC